AUGGCUAGGUCAGGUGGUAGUGAUCUUCGAGCUCCAAUAUUCAAUGGUGACAACUAUGAAUCUUGGAAGAUCCGAGUGAGAACUAUUUUCAAAUCACAUGGAAUCUGGGAUCUAGUUGAAAAAGGUCUUGAAAUCUCAGAAUCAAAAAGGAAGAAGGUUAAUGCAGAAGGGUCACCAGAAUCAGAGAAACGAUCUCUGAACGAAAAGCUAAUGAAGGAUGCUAAGGCACUGGGUAUUAUCCAAGGAGAUGUCUCGAAUGACAUUUUCCCCAGAAUCUCAAACAAAGAGACCUCAAAGGGUGCUUGGGAUAUCCUACAUCAAGAAUUUCAUAGCGAUAAGCAAGUGAGAUCUAUCAAGUUGCAAGGUCUAUGCCGUGAUUUCAUGUACACAAGGAUGAAGGAUGAUGGAACCUUGUAUGUGUAUCUCACUCGUCUUCUCGAGUUGGUGAAUCAGAUGAAGAGUUAUGGGGAAGAUUUAUCUAGAAAGUGUUUAGUUCAGAAAUUGCUCAUAAGCUUGACCAAAGACUUUGACCUCGUUUGCUAUGUGAUUGAGCAAACUAAGGACAUUGAAACUAUUGAGGUGCAAGAAGAAAUUGCUACAUUGAGGGGAUUUUCACAACACCUUGAUAGGCAUGCUAAAAAUACCACUAAGAGAGCUUUCAGUAGUAUGAGUGUAAAUCUAAAGGGAACUCAGUCAAAUCCCUCCUUUGGUAACUCUAAGCCAAAGAAGAACUGGAAAUCGAAGGAUAAGAAAUGGGAUUCUAAACCUCAGAACUCUGUCAAUCAAGGUGGCAAAUAUGAUCAAGGAGGAAAACUAGAUCAAGCUAAGGGAAACUGCAAACAUUGUGAUAAGCUACACUAUGGUGAAUGUUGGUUUAAAGCGUGGAGUUAA